AUGAGAUUCUACUCCGUCUUCCUCUCAGCCCUGGCGGCAUCGACGUCUCUUUGUGAGGUCAUCGAUCGCCAGCCCCUCACCUUCGCUCCAGUUCCUGAAGAUACCUACGUCGUCCCAGCAUCGGAUACUCUUUUGGAUUUCAUCCAAUCGCGAGAGGACCUAUCCAUUCUAUCGUCAACACUCGAUCAGCUAGGAGGAUUUGUGCAAGCCCUCAACACCUCGGCAACAUGGCAAUACACCUUUUUUGCGCCAUCAAAUAAGGCCUUCAACAACACCGGAGAGUACUUCGAGACUUUUGCCAAGACGGCCAAGGGAAAAUGGUGGCUCGGAAACUUGAUCCAACAUCAUUACGUCCCAAACGCGAAGCUCAAGACGUCCGACUUUAACUCGAACACUAUCCGACUUCAAACCAGCACGUACCUAUAUGUCAGUGCAAAGACGGUCAAUGAGGAUCUCGUCCUCAACAGUGUUGCCACAGUCACAGAAGGAAACCUCCCCGUCACCAAUGGCAUCGUUCACAUCAUCGACCGUAUUCUGGAUCCAUCCGCUCAGAUUUUUGAGUCAGAUUUGCCGCAGGUAAAGCAAGGGUUUAUCCCUGGCAGUUGUUCAAAUCCACUGCUGCCUUACUGUUGA